AUGCACGAAGCAGCCAUACUAUAUCGUAAGCACGUCGUCGCAACCGGGAAAAUUAAUGGCGUAAAAACAUUGCCCAUUCCCAUCCCUACGACACACGGCUUUGAUACUGCCGACGCCGUGUCUAAAGAUCAGCUCGUGCGUCGUCCUCCCUCGGCGUGGUCUGAACUCCAGAUAUCCCAUGGAGCAUAA